CAUAUACGGAUAUAGAGUGAGGAAAUAAGAACUAGAGAGAGAAGGAGAAGGGAAGCGCACAGCAAGAAAAGAAGACGGCAAUACUGUGAUCAAGUCCUCGUCGUAAACCUUUUGGUUGUCUGUUGUUCCGGCCGUUGGACUGUUCGGAUUCUUUCCAAUGGUUGUACCGACGAUCUUGCAGUAGUUUACCGGAACCGGCGAAAGAAAAGGAGGAGUGUCUUCAGAUCCGGCUUUCUGAUGUGGCGUGAGGCUUAAUUGUAAUCAUCCCAUGGCUCUCUCAAAGGACUGAUCGCCGAAUCUCUCUCUCCCUCUGCUUUGGUCUUCUAGUACAUCCUUGCUAUAAUUCAUCUGGGUUCCAAUAGUCUUGGACUGAUUUAGAUCUUGAUUUGCCGAUUGAUGAUUAUUAUUGGUACAGACAUAUUUCUGGUUCUGUUGCAUUCGGCUUCAAAGUUUGGCGUUCAAUUGAGAGUGCGGGGAAAGCUCUCUCCUGUCGCCAUCUUGGUUGCCGGCUGUGAGAAGAACCAUCGGUGGUCAUUUUCUACCUUUCAUGUCUCAUAACUUGGAUAGCCCUGUUCAGACCCAGAUGGCUGUGGCAGCUUUCAAGAAUCCACUUGGAAGUGGGGAGUAUCACGGAACUAAUAGAAUGGAAGGGAAACCAACCUGCAGGAGACGCGUUUUUGUACAGACUGAAACAGGAUGUGUGUUGGGGAUGGAGUUGGAUAGGAGCGACAAUGCACACACUGUGAAGAGGAGACUGCAGCUUGCCCUAAAUUUCCCCGUUGAGGAGAGUUCUUUGACAUUUGGGGAUAUGAUUCUUAAGAAUGAUCUCAGUGCCGUUCGAAAUCAUUCCCCUCUCCUGCUGACAAGGAAUUUGAUGCACAGAAGUUCCUCAACUCCGUGUUUGUCUCCCACUGGUAGAGACAUACAACAGAAUGAUCAGAGUGGGCCCAUUGAAAUUUUGGGCCACUCAAAUCGCUUUGCCAAGACCAAACAACUUGUAAAGGAAAUUGUCAAGGCAAUGAAGAACGGGGUCGAUCCGCUCCCUGUUCAUAGUGGGCUUGGAGGAGCAUAUUAUUUCAGAAAUGUCCGAGGUGAGAGUGUUGCCAUUGUGAAGCCCACCGAUGAAGAACCGUUUGCACCAAACAACCCAAAGGGCUUUAUUGGUAAAGCUCUUGGGCAACCAGGUUUAAAACGUUCUGUGAGGGUGGGCGAAACAGGGUUCAGAGAAGUAGCUGCUUACCUUCUCGACUAUGACCAUUUUGCAAAUGUGCCACCUACUGCACUGGUCAAGAUCACUCACUCGGUCUUCAAUAUUAAUGAUGGCGUGAAUGGAAACAAGCCUCAGAAGAAGAAACUUGUCAGCAAGAUUGCAUCCUUCCAACAGUAUAUUCCACACGAUUUUGAUGCAAGUGACCAUGGAACCUCAAGUUUCCCUGUAUCUGCUGUGCAUCGCAUUGGGAUUUUAGAUAUUAGGAUUCUUAACACAGAUAGGCAUGCGGGUAAUCUUUUAGUUAGGAAACUUGAUGAUGCAGGGAGAUUUGAUCAAGUGGAACUGAUCCCCAUUGAUCAUGGCCUUUGCUUGCCUGAGAGUCUGGAAGAUCCGUAUUUUGAGUGGAUUCAUUGGCCUCAGGCUUCCAUCCCUUUCUCGGACGACGAACUUGCAUACAUAGCAAAUCUUGACCCGACUCGUGAUUCAGAGAUGCUUCGAAGUGAGCUCCCAAUGAUUCGAGAAGCUUGCUUGCGCGUCUUGUUCGUCUGCACAAUUUUCCUUAAGGAAGCUGCUGCAUAUGGGCUGUGUCUUGCUGAGAUUGGACAGAUGAUGAGUAGGGAGUUUCGCAGUGGUGACGAGGAGCCCAGUGAGCUUGAGCUUAUAUGCAUCGAGGCAAGAAGACUUGUAGCUGAGGAAAUGUUCUCUCCCAAGGGUGAAGCAGACUUUGAUGAGUUUCAAUUCGACAUUGAUUGUGAAGAUGGUGGGCGUGAGCCUAACCCAUCUGAAGGCUUGGUGGCAACACCGUUCCAUUUUGGAUUUGGAAGUGUUAAUGGCCGUAAUCCACUUUCUAAACUAGAAGAAUGCAUUGAGGAGGAAGAAGAGGAAGGUGAAGGAGAAGAGAAGGGUUUAGUUAGUCUUCCAACUCUAGCUAAGGGUCCAAGUAUUUCUAAGCUUUCUAUGUCACUGAAAAAUACGAGUCUAGGUGGGAAGAACCAGAAGUUCCCAAAGUUUGCAGGAGCCAAACCAGACAAUGGCUAUCUUGCUAGUUCAUCAUCUGGCCACAUCAGUGCAAACGAGCAGCUCCCGGCAAGUGUCAGCUUUGUGAAGCUAGCAGACAUGAACGAGGAAGAAUGGGGACUGUUUUUGGAGAAAUUCCAAGAGCUUCUUCAUCCGGCCUUUGCCGAGCGAAAGUGUAUCACACUCGGCCAGAGGCAGAGACAGAGGCUUGGGACUUCUUGCCAGUUUUGAGAGUUGAGGUAUGACUACCAUAUGUUGCUGUGAUAGAUGAAAAGAAUAAGACUGAGCUCGUUGAGCUGAGGGACAUAGGGUAGAUUUGGUUUGUGAGUGCUCCCUGAAGUCAUACUAGGAGUAAGAGGCUGCGAUUUGUACAUAUUCUUUGGAUGCAGCUGAAUGAAAAGGCUGAGUAGAAUUGGUUGUAUUUUCUUGUUUGAGAUGUUAAAAAUGUUUGUUCUCUGUUUGAUGGACGUUGCUGGAUGAAGUGUAUUAUCCGUGGCAAGUCAUUGGCUCUCUGGUUUCUGUUUUUCUGUCUUUGCAUUCCACCGUGAGCUGCACGCAGUUGUGUGUUUUUUUCUUCACAAUCUGCUUCUCCAUGAAUAUAUAUGGUCAGUGCUCAUUUUCUCU